UUGCCACCACCGAAAGACGGGGCUAUUCUAGUACACUAUAGACGGGGCUGCUGGAAUUUCUAACAUCUCGCCCGCCUGCCUCGGCCACACUCCUCACGUGACGUCGGUGACGUCAGCGCACCCUGAGAAAGCAUUUCCAAGCGGGCGCCCAGAACACGUGUGCGAGCACGCCUGACGGGCUGCUGAAAGGCAGCGUUCGCUACAGCCAUGAAUCUGGGAACGUGUUUCGUCGUACUCCUGCUGCUCGUGGUGGGCUCCAGCGGCCAGGACCACUUCCCGGGAAGCUCUCCGCUCUCCUGGCUUCGGAACCGCGUGUUCGGGUCGAAGCAGAACGAACAACGGUUCAUCAACCGCGUGGCCGCCGCUACGCAGAGCCUGGCCGCCCUGAUGAACGACCCCGUCGUGGUCGCCGAACUGAACAGAUACUACGGACUGCUGCUUCGUAACCCCGACGUCAACAACAUCGUGGACUCCGUACGACACUCGACCACACGACCGGCAACGCGACGCAUCUCUGCCGCACCACCGGGAAUGCCGCCACCACCGACGUCCACUCUGACCUCGUGGACAACGGGCGAACCGGAGUCGCCGACGACCACGGCCAUACCGACGACCACCGCUCGUCCCGUGAGCCCCAGUUCAGGAGACAAGGCCGCGGUCCAGUCGAAGGAACCCGGCAGCCUCGUGAGCAGAGUGAACGGAGUCGAGUACCGCUUCUACUUCGACCCGAAGCUGGUGGUUCGGCCGCCCGACGGACCGAGCGCCCGGGCCCGGGUCCGCCGGCACUUGAACCUCGUGCGGCUCAACGACGUGGAGAACUGCAUGUCGUUCCUGAUCUGCGAGAUGUCCCGGUACCCGCUGCGUUACGGACCGCUGGGCGUCAAGGUGGAUCGCUUCUUCAGGUAUCCCAUGUGGGACACGGGCUCCUCGGCCGCACACUACGCCGCCAUGGCCCGACACGGCCGCCGCGACGGGGGCUGUCGCGGCCGCAUCUCCUCCUGCCGGCACCCGAUCGGGCCGCUGUUCCGACGGCGCUACAGCUUCCGGUACGGACACUUUUGAGCGGCGCCGAGCGUGAGGAGCACGUUGCUUCAUUGCGUCCGAAGGACGUAUAGGGCCUACCGGCAACUUCACUCGCAGCGAUCACUUCAUCACACCACAGUAGGGAUGAGUCCAUGUGCCUUUCAUAUGGAAACGGAGCGUGUGGUUUCUUCACUUGCGCGCAAUAAAUGCAAGGAGCUCGCACUCCCAA